UUCCCAGAACAAACAUUUUGUUUCCAUUGCGCAAGCGUUGAAUAUACUAUAUAUUUGAUUUCGAUUUAAUAUUGAAUUUCAUAUUGCAUAUUUGUUUGAGCCAUUAUAAUGGAAAUAAUAGCAACAUCUCCAAUCGUGCCUCUGAUUACCGAUGCCGGUUUCACUGGUACAAUCCGUAGAGGCAUGGCAUCGGUUCGAGGCGGAUUGAGCGCCGCUUCUAGGAGCGUGCGGAAUUGUUUUAAAGGAGCUAUGUGCUGCUCUGUGUCUUCCCGGCGCAGCAACAAGAUUCAGUUGAACGUUCUGGAUCGCGAGGUGGUGACCUCGCCGGUAGUUUCUCUUCUUCCUCCAAUUCGAAAGAUUGGUGAUGCUAAGCCAGCAGUACCUCGGGCUAGCACGGAGGAAGAUGCUACAAGUUUAAUCGUGUCGCCGAUACCGAAAAAACGAGAAAUCUCAUCGUUUUUGACACCGAUUAAUGAUGUGCUCCCCGAAAUGCCGGGAAUUCGGAGGAGUGCCUCUUUGUCCACUCUUGCAGGAAGGGGGAAAUGUGGGGAAGGGGUUCGCCGAUCUGCUUCUGUAGGCAUGCUACCUGCUUUGACCGUGAAUGAUGACCGAGUUUGUGAGUAUUCUUUCAUGCGUGGCCCGCCUCUGGCAGAGAAGCAAGCCCCAGCCCCCGCCCUGUGCCCCCCGAGAGACAACGACGUGUUUUCAUACACGAUCUGGGUUUGGACGCCAGAUAACAAAAUCACGAACAUGUACUUGUUCAAUCUCGACACCGGGUAUCACGUUGCAGUUUCGAUCCCAAUUACAGGAGUUACAGAGAGACCUAUUGAACACCCAAUAGUUUCUGUACAUGCUCCUAUUGGGAAGACUGCAACGUCAGUAUCUGACAAUGAGGAUGCGUCACCAGAGACCGCUGGUUCCAUCCAAAAAAAGCCUGUUGUCGAAAGUGAAGUGUUUUUAUACACAAUAUGGGUGUGGGCGCCGGACAAUCUCCUAAAGGAUCUGUUCCUCUACAAUGCAAGAGGAAUGUAUCAAUUCGAAAUUACUACCAAAAGUGCAGAUACAGUUCUACCGGCGAACAAAAAGGAAAUCGUUGCAGACGUGAGCUCAGCACUGGACUCCGUGGACGUUAGCUUAUCUGAAAACACUAUGGAUAUGGAAAACACUAUCGAUUUGGUUUCCCCAACUGGUUCCCGGCCGGUGGAAUCAGAUCAGUUAUUAGUGCCGGAAACUGAUGCCCACAACCUCACCACCCGCACAGAAAUGUAUCAAUUUGAAAUUGGUACCAAAGAUACAGAAACAGCUAUAACAGCGAACAAAAAGGAAAUCGACGUGAGCUCAGCACUGGACUCCGUGGACGUUAGCUUAUCUGAAAACACUAAAGAUAUGGAAAACACUAUCGAUUUGGUUUCCCCAACUGGUUCCCGGCCGGUGGAAUCAGAUCAGUUAUUAGUGCCGGAAACUGAUGCCCACAACCUCACCACCCGCACAGAAAUGUAUCAAUUUGAAAUUGGUACCAAAGAUACAGAAACAGCUAUAACAGCGAACAAAAAGGAAAUCGUUGCAAACGUGACCUCAGCACUGGACUUCGUAGACGUUAUCUUAUCUGAAGAAACUAAAGAUACUGAAAAUUCUAUCAAUUUGGAUUCCCCAUCUGGUUCCCGACCUGUGGAAUCAGAUCAGUUAACAUCAGUUAACAGUGCCGAAACUGAGGCCCACAACCCACCACCCUUACCCAAACAAAAAAGGAACAGAUUGAGAAGGUUAUUUAGCUCUGGUUUCGGUCUGUUGAAGACCAAAAAGCGGAACUAGUUGUAGUUCCAACGGCUCGAGGGGGGACAGCGUAUACAAAUUCCUGUUGUCAAAUGCCGAAAAACGACCCCGCCCCCUAAAAAUGAUCUGCCCCGCGCCUUGGUGUGUUUACACACUGAGGCCUCAAACCCCUAAUGAAAAAGUUAAAUUCCCCUUCCCCAAAAUUGAAAAGUAGUUUUCCAAACCCAUUUCCCUUUAAAAAAUCCACAAUAGAUUCCCCAUUUUAAAAUUAGACAAAGAUUUCAAAAAUACUCCCCUCCUUUCAAACCAAACGUUUCAGUAGGUUUUCUUACUGAAACUAUAAUCGCCCAACCCCUAAAUAUUUUAAAUAGUUUUAAAAUAUCCACCCUAUAAAAAAAUGUCCAACACCAACAAAUUAGAGUCACUUAAAAUAUAUAGCUCUCCAAAAACCCAAUAUUAAAUUCCCCGUUUGUAAAAAUUAGGCAAAAAGUUUCCAAAACGGCUUUCAUUAGGCCCAAUAAUUUCAACAAACAAAUGAGCACCGAUUAAAAUUUGUGAGACUGCAAAAGCG